AUGUCUCAACCUGCUCCGACGACAGCGAGAGAACGUGCGACUCUUAUUAAGAAGCAACAAGAAGAAGCAUUAGCUAAACUUCCGCUGAAUGCGCUAUUCAUCGUUCUCUGGAUCCGAUCCGACCCUCCUCGCCAAAAUGACUUCCAUUGGGGUUACUACUUCCAUACUUGUGCAAUGGGCGGCACCAAAUAUCAUAUGAAAAACCUUGGCGGAGGUUGGAUACCCGAUCACGGCCCUACCGGUGGGGUUUUCAAAUCGAAUUUUUUGUGUGUCCUUGUGCAAGUCGCCAUCGUUCCAGGGACCGUCUAUGGUCAGCUUGAUCAGAUUAUGAGAUCGCAUGAUGGGGAUGUCAACAGCAUACCUGGAGUUGACUGUCGAGUGUGGUUGAUGAGGAUUCUAGAGAAACUCAUUCAGCAAGGCAUUUUUCGAUGCAGCAAUGCCGAUGCUUUGUUACAGGAGUGCAUGACGAUCGGAAACCAGUAUAGCGCAAGCGCCGCCAUCAACCAACAGCCACGACCGGUUGUGAGAUCUAGGCUGUGCCUUUGA